GGCGAUUUUCUGAUUUAUCACUCUUUAACAUUAGGCGGCUCCGCCCGCUUCUACAGCAGCCAUGGCCGGAGGUAGCAAUACCACCAGGUCGUCUCAGAAGCCUUCUUCUGCUUCCGCCGCUCCUUCUAACCGGAAAUCCCGCUGGGAGUCCUCCACCAACAAUCCUCCCUCCGACUCUAAAUCUUCCAAACCCUAUAAUCCUUCCUCGAAAUCUACAAUUAGUCCCAGUUCCACUCACCCCAAGCAUUCUGCCGACAAGACUGUUAAUCCAACUCCGGCCUCGGCUCCACUUCCUUCUCCUGGCAUUCCACUUCCCUUUCCCGACCCCUCGGCUCUUGGCCCACCACCUCCACCGUCUUAUGGAUUCCACAUGCUUGAACGCCGCACGAUUGUUCUUGCGGAUGGCAGUGUACGGUCGUACUUUGCUCUCCCUCUCGACUACAAAGAUUUUACUCCGCCUGCAAGGUUCAUGGAUCUCGCUGGUCGGUUUUUACCUAUGGGGUCUGGUGGUCCUGGUCACGAAUAUGGUGGAUUUGACCAUCGGUUUCCCCCAGGUGGCCCUAUGAGCCCAGAUGAGUUUAGGGGUGUUCAGGAAGAACAAUUUGCGCGUGCUAGGCCUCAAGAUCACUGGAAUUCUCGAGGUACUAACGAGCGAGGUGGCCCUGCAGAAUCGUCGUUGAAAAGGAAAUUCAAUGACGAUAACGAGAAGGACAGGACAGAUGAGAAAGACGAAUUAUCCAGGCGACAGCAGCAAUUUUUACAUAAUGGGAAUGCAAAUGGGUUCCUAACGGGUUUUGGCGAACGACGGGGUGAUUUUUUGGCGGGAACGAGUGAUCCAUAUGGUCGAACAGAGGAUAUGAGGUUCUCGAAGUACAUGCGAGAUGGCGGGAGUUAUGUAAAUGAAGGUUUGAGGCUAGGUAGCGGUAACAACGUUGCUCCUAAAUAUUUCGAAGUUGACCAGAAUGCAUUGAGAAAGGCAUUUCUUCAUUUUGUGAAAACUAUCUACGAAAACGCUAUUCAGAAGAAGAAUUAUUUGGAGGAUGGGAAGCUCGGACGUCUUCAAUGUCUUGCUUGUGCAAGGUCCUCUAGAGAUUUUCCAGAUAUGCAUGGCCUUAUUAUGCACACAUACAACUCUGAUAGUGCUGACUCGCAAGUGGAUCAUUUGGGUUUACACAAAGCUCUUUGUGUAUUAAUGGGGUGGAAUUACUCAAAGCCUCCUGAUAAUUCAAGAGGGUACCGUUUUCUAUCUGCUGACGAAGCAACAGCUAACCAGGAGGAUUUGAUUAUGUGGCCUCCUCUAGUUAUCAUCCACAAUACAAUUACUGGAAAGAGUAAAGAUGGGCGCAUGGAGGGUUUGGGAAACAAGGCAAUGGAUAGUAAAAUUAGAGACCUUGGUUUUGGGGGUGGGAAGUCCAAGUCUUUAUAUGGAAGGGAUGGUCAUUUGGGCACAACUUUGAUCAAGUUUUCAGGUGACCAGUCUGGCCUCAAUGAAGCCAAGAAACUGGCUGAAUUCUUUGAGAAGGACAAUCAUGGACGUACAGGUUGGGCUCAUGUACGACCUGCAGCAUUUAGCAGGGAUGAUGAUAAAAAUCCAAACCUUGUUAAGGUGGAUGAAAAGUCUGGAGAGAGGAAAAGGAUUUUUUAUGGCUAUCUUGCAACUGCAGCUGAUAUGGAAAAAGUUGAUUUUGAUACAAGGAAAAAGGUUACCAUAGAGAGCUGUAGGGAUUUCAAACUGUCCAGGUAGAAUAUCUUGAUUAGUAUAUAGUUCGACAUGCCUUCAGUUUGUAACCUGGGUUAAACUGCAACACUCAAAUCCACCUCAUUUUUGAGCUCGUCGAUGGUUUGUGGAUGAAAUCUUCACCAAACAGCUUGUUUGAAUGUUGACCUCUGUUAUGGGGGAGGUGGGUGGUUGUUUGGUCUACCAGUAACAUUACUCGAGGAAUUUCCCCGGAUUUGCUGCGUAAUUUUAAUUUUACUGUAGCACGAAUGUGUAUGGUAGGAUGCGGAACAUGGAUCUGGUUGUUUGUCAACCGUUUUAAAUCCUAAUGAUUAAAAAAGCUUGAAUUA